GCGCGGCGGGCGCCGGAACGUGCUCUCGCGUGGUGGCCCCACCCACCUCGGCCUUCUCAGCCGCUGGGACUUGAAGUUCCCGCCAGGUCGCGGCUGGGUGAGAGCGAUGCUGCGCGGCCCGCCUGGACUCUGAGGAGAGAGGAGCGUCCCCGGCCCCUUGCAGCUUGCUGACGCCUCCGAGCCCCGGCAGCCAUGUCCACGGGGUUUUCCUUCGGGACCAGCACGCUGGGCUCCACCACCGUAGCCGCCGGCGGGACCGGCGCAGGCGGCGGUUUCUCCUUCGGGACUGGGGCGUCUAGCAACCCUUCGGUGGGGCUCAAUUUUGGAACUCUUGGAAGCACUGCAACUCCUGCAACUACAUCCGCUUCCUCAGGUGGUUUUGGAACUGGCCUCUUUGGACCGAAAUCUACCACUGGGUUCACUCUGGGAGGAACAAAUACAGGAACGCCAGCCACAACAGCCGCAUCUACGACGGGUUUCAGUUUAGGAUUCGCUAAACCUGCUGCGUCUGCCACACCAUUUGCUCUGCCCAUUACUUCUACCUCAGCUAGUGGUCUUACUCUUUCGUCUGCUCUGACGUCAACUCCUGCAGCAUCUACAGGAUUUACUCUAAAUAACUUGGGUGGAACAACAGCCACGACUACUACUGCAUCAACAAGCCUCUCUCUAGGGGGAGCCUUAGCUGGUUUGGGAGGUUCGCUUUUCCAGAGUUCGAACACAGCAACAUCAGGACUUGGGCAGAAUGCUUUAGGCUUGACUUUGGGAACCACGGCAGCUACUUCAACUGCUGGCAGUGAAGGCCUUGGUGGUAUAGAUUUUAGUAGCUCAUCAGAUAAAAAGAGUGAUAAAACAGGAACAAGACCAGAGGAUAGUAAAGCACUGAAGGAUGAAAAUCUACCUCCUGUCAUCUGCCAGGAUGUUGAAAAUCUCCAGAAAUUUGUGAAGGAACAGAAACAGGUACAAGAAGAAAUCAGUAGAAUGUCUUCAAAAGCAAUGCUUAAAGUACAAGAAGACAUUAAAGCUCUGAAGCAGCUUCUGUCACUAGCUGCCAGUGGCGUACAGAGAAACACUCUCAAUAUUGACAAGUUGAAAAUAGAAACUGCUCAGGAGUUAAAGAAUGCUGAAAUAGCUUUAAGAACCCAGAAAACACCACCUGGACUCCAACAUGAAAACACAGCUCCCGCCGACUACUUCAGAAUCUUGGUUCAGCAGUUUGAGGUACAGCUUCAGCAGUACAGACAGCAGAUUGAAGAGCUAGAAAACCAUCUUGCCACACAAGCAAAUAACUCACAUAUAACCCCUCAAGAUUUGUCAAUGGCUAUGCAGAAAAUUUAUCAAACAUUUGUAGCUUUAGCUGCACAACUUCAGUCUAUUCAUGAAAAUGUAAAGGUGCUAAAAGAACAGUACCUUGGCUACAGGAAAAUGUUCUUGGGAGAUGCUGUAGAUGUGUUCGAAGCCAGGCGGGCAGAAGCCAAGAAGUGGCAGAACGCACCCAGAGUUACUACUGGACCCACCCCUUUCAGCAACAUGCCAAACGCGGCAGCCGUUGCCAUGGCUGCAACUCUUACACAGCAGCAACAGCCUGCUACAGGGCCACAGCCAUCUCUGGGAGUUAGUUUUGGACCAUUCGGCUCAGGUAUUGGCACUGGCUUGCAGUCAAGUGGCUUAGGUUCUUCAAACCUUGGAGGAUUUGGAGCUAGCUCUGGUUUUGGAUGCAGCACCACAGGGGCCUCCACAUUUGGAUUUGGAACAACAAAUAAACCCUCAGGAAGUCUUAGUGCAGGCUUUGGCAGCUCAAGUACAUCUGGGUUUAACUUCAGCAAUCCUGGCAUCACGGCAUCAGCUGGUUUGACAUUUGGGGUGUCCAAUCCUGCCUCUGCAGGUUUUGGAACAGGAGGACAACUCCUUCAGUUGAAGAAACCUCCAGCUGGAAACAAAAGAGGAAAAAGAUAAACAUAUGGGUUGAUGUGGUUGAGAGAAUUCAUAGCAGCAUCGUUCAUUCUAUGAGUCUAUUUUUCUAAAAUUGAUGCAGUAAUUAAAUUGCAUCCCAGGAGAUUUAUAAAGUUUUGAUAUUUUUCCCUACUCUGGAAUCUGAACUGUGUUCUUGUUUGCCAUGGUAAACAUCUUUUUUUCUUGUGAAUUUGAAACCCAGUUGUGUAUUUUUCAUUAUUUUUUGAUGGUCAGUGUAAGCAAUGUUCUGAUUACAUCACUGAUAAGUAAAGCCUAUUUAACCUAGUGUCAUAGCAAUGUUUUUGUUGAUAAGGUUUACAUGAUGUGAAUAUAUGCACAUUUGUUUCUUAUACAGAUGGUAUGAACUCUUAAGUCCUAUACUAGAAUCAGUUUGUUCCUUGAUAAAGGCCUUUUGAACUACACUGCAGGGCAUCUUGUGAAUAUGUAUGUAAAUAUAUACAGAAUAAUACACACAGUUGUGUGUUCACAUAAAAUAUAUAUUUACAGACCUACAACUUUUGCCUCAGACUUGUUCCCCUUUUCUAAGGGUAUUCUAUUUUUCACCUUUUAAGCUUCAAAGCCUCAGUGCUUGUAGAGUGAUGAGCUAGAGGUACCAGGUCAUUGCAGUUGUUUAAUUUACUUACAGACUUAAUGAAAUGGUUACUGGUGUAAAUAUUUGACCCCCCAGUCUUUUCCAUAGCAGCUGCUCUGAAUGAGGAGUGCUGUAAGAAUCAUCUAACAGAUUUUAACAACUUUUAUUAUCCCGUACACCCUCACAUUUGCCUGUAUGAGAUGUUUUCUCACAUCUGAGAUGAACCUUCAAGAGCAUAUUUGAACUCCAGACUGAUGUCUGGGGGCACAGAGCUAUUAAGCCAAAUUGAUUCUAUGCAGGUGAAGGAUGCACUAUUACUUUAGUGGAAACUUUUGUAGCGAUUCCAGUACAGAGUUCUUUCUUAUAGGGCUAUUGAUAUUGACACCAAAUGGAGUGGUUUAUCAGCCUCUUAAUGUCUUAAGUAAGUGCUUAAUUUGGAAUAGAGAAACAAUAUAUUUUAAGAAAAAAGUAUUCUUUGUAGCAACUAUAAACUACCCCAUUUUAACAGUGAACAGAGCUCCAGGUAAAAACACAUAAGGCAUGUCAGAUUGCAUCUGUGUAAUAUUUGUCUAUAUUAGUAUUAGUGACAUCGAGUGGGUGAAAAAGAAGGCCCUUGGAAAGAGAACUGCCUUAGCUAUGAUUUCACACAGAAACCAUUAAGUAGACCUACUUUAUCUUUCAAGUACAGUUUUCAAAUGGGAUGUGAACAUGGAAUUUCAUUGAAAAUAGUAUAAUUUUUUAUAUAGAAGGUUUUGUACAUAACGUGCAUCAAGUGAAUAUUUUCAGAAUCAUUUUCACCAAGGCACCUUUUUUUCUAAAAUAGGUAUUACACACACACACACACACACACACACACACACACACACACACACACACACAUAUUUUUAGUAUAAUGUUAGUUGGGUUUGAUUACUAAAGUGUUGUUAAAUCUGUUUUAUUUAUCCGCAUACAGCAGUGAUUGGCUUUUUGGAAUUGAAACUUUUGCGCCUUGAUGCAUUAAAAUAAGGAAAAUGCUUUGUUUUGGAACACUGAAGUUUUUAUUUUUGCAUUCUUCUCUAAAACUGCAAUCCCCAGAUCCAGAUUUUGGGGAAGGGUAGGAAAACGUGGGAUUUUUGUGUUUUGAAUUACUGUCAGAAUUAAAUACCCAAAUAUAGCAAGUUUUUUUUUUUUUUUUUUAAGGACAUUGCAUUGUGCUGCAAAAAUCUGAAUAUUUAUAUUUCUUAAUUUUGUUCUUUAUAUCUUAUACAUUUUAAUAUGUUGAGCCACUGGAAAUUUGUAACAGAUCAAUUUGUGAUAGGAGUUUAAUGUGUUGUCAUUGUCUCCAAUGUCUUCACUCUGUCCUGAGCGUAUCAUUAUGUAAACAAUAAAAUUUAUUGUGUCAGUUGCUUUGAAUCUU